AUGGAUUUCCAGUCAUUGCUCCCUGAGCUGACUCUUGAAGAGAAAGUAUCCCUUCUCUCAGGGCGAGAUUUCCAUGCUGCCGCUGGCAUCGAUCGCCUGGGCAUCCCGCCUAUGAAAGUAGCUAACUCUGUGAAUGGUAUUGGUCCACAUGACAUGGAACUUGAGGUGACUACUGCCAGUUUCCCCAGCACUACAUGCUACGGCUCAACAUUUGACGCUGAGCUUCUUGGCCGUUUAGGCGAGGAACUGGCCGUGCAAGCGAGAUUGAAAAGCGCACAGCUUGUACUGGGACCUACUAUCAAUAUUCACCGUGAUCCGCGAGGUGGCCGCAAUUUCGAGUGUUUCAGCGAGGACCCUCUCGUAUCUGGCCAGCUAGCUGGUGCUAUUGUGAACGGCUUGCAUCGAGGCGGACUUGGCGUAUGUGUAAAGCAUUUCGUAUGCAACGAUGCAGAGACACAUCGCCAUUCCUAUAACGUCAGGGAAUCGAUUGACGGAAGGACACUGAGAGAGAUAUACCUUGCAGCAUGGCAACACCUUUUAAGAACAUCUGAUCCUGAAGGUGUGAUGACUGCGUAUAAUAAGAUCGACGGUCAGUUCUGCAGCGCCAAUCGGGAUCUGAUCGAAAGGGUCUUGCGACGCGACUGGGCCUUUAAGGGCAUGACCAUGUCAGACUGGUUUGGAGUUCAUGAUACAGUUGGCCCUAUCAAGGCUGGGCUGGAUCUCGAGAUGCCAUUUCCAGUCUUUCGGGCAUCAAAACUGGUCGAAGCAGUUCAUUCCGGCGCCGUGACGGAAGAAGAGAUCAACAAUAGGGUGAAAAUGAUGCUCGAGCUGAGAAACAGGACACGAUCCUGCCAUGACCAAAAGCCCGAGCGAUCGGAAAUCCGCGACGAAGCCAACAAGCUCGCUUGGGAGAUUGCCACCAGUGGAAUUGUUCUUCUCAAAAACGCAAACAAGACACUUCCGCUCUCACCUGCGGACUGUCCAAAAAUAGCACUUAUCGGCGAAUUUGCUGCAGAUCCUGUUGUUACCGGAGGGGGAAGUGCAUCCUGUAUACCGCAAUAUCGGUUCUCGCCCUUGGAUAUCAUGCGACAAGAAUUCCCUUCCGUCAAAUGCGCACUCGGUGUCCGCACCCGUCGACUCAUUCCAAUAGCUCCAACAGAGCAGUUAAUCUCUGCUGAUGGACGCCCUGGCGUGGACAUUGAGUACUACGACGAAGAAUCGUCCGAGCUUCUUCUAUCUGAAUUCCAGGCGAGACCUCAUGUUUGGAUGCUUGGCCGGUUCAAGCCAGGGUUGAGAGUUCCAGGCUGCAAUCUACAGCUCACCACAAAGUUGAUUCCCGUGAGCACUGGUCGGCAUACGUUGGCAGUCAGGUGUACUGGCUCCUUCUCCUUGGCCAUCAAUGACAAGAUUGUCUUGACAGGUCCAGGCAAGGAUAUCUCUACAGAGCAAUUCAUCUUCAACCCCAUCCUUUUGGAGUCUCGUUUGCAGGCUUUUAUGGAGGCCGGCAAAUCCUACGACAUCCAUGUCAUCGUCAAGGGUCCCGAAGAACUUGCUGUCGGCGAACCGACCCCAUUUUCUGCUACGCUUUGCUUCGAGGAGUACCGGUCAGAAGAAGAGGCUAUAGCUGAGGCGGCGAAGCUGGCAAGCGAGUCAGAUAUCAGCAUCAUCUACGCUGGCCGCAGCGAUCAAUACGAGUCGGAAGGAUUUGAUCUUGAAGAUAUGCACAUGCCACUGAAUCAAACAGCCCUGAUAAAGGCUGUGGCUGCAGUCUCAAAGAAGACGGUAUUAGUUCUUCAUUGCGGCAACCCGAUUGACGUCAGCCCUUUCGUUGACGAUGUAGACGUGAUAUUAAACGCUCAUUUUCCCGGCCAAGAAGGCGCGAGAGCAGUCACCGACCUAUUCACUGGUAAGGUCUGUCCAAGCGGGCGCCUUGCCACAACGUGGUUUAAGACCCUCGAGGAUUGUCCAAGCUUCGAACACUUCUCACCCAAGGGCGUAGAAGAGGGAAGUAUCUACCUUGAAUAUAAAGAGGGGCUAGAAGUCGGAUACCGUUGCCGAGAUAGCCAAAGCCGAGUGAGGUGGCCUUUUGGCUUCGGGUUAUCGUAUACAACCUUCAGCUAUUCCGGGCUUAGGGCUACCGUCGACGAACAAUCGACAGUGUCGAAACUCAAAUGCCACGUUGAGGUUAAGAACACGGGUGCAGUAUCUGGAAAAGAGGUUAUCCAUCUGUAUAUCAAGCCAGCAAAAGAUACCUCAGUUUGGAGGCCUGAGCGUGAGCUUAAAGCGUUUACAAAAGUCUCGCUACAAUCAGGCGUAUCUCAACUGGUCAAGCUAGAGGUCGACCUUGAUGUAGCCUGCAGCUACUGGGACGAGAAUGAAGUGGCCUGGAGGAUGCAGCCAGGCAUUUACAAGGCGUGUAUAGCGGAUCAACAGGUGGAUUUUACCGUUCAUAAAGGCUCAGUUUGGAACCAUUUAUAA